AUGGUUCAUGAGUCUUCCAAAUGUGCAAAAUCCCCUGUCCAGCAAAUAUCUUAUUACCAACUACAAAUUCCAUUCCCCCCUCGCCUGAAACACCACAACACCCACAAAGCUUUAUCAAUGGCGGAUGUUUCCUACUUCCGCGACGACGACGACAAUGACGAGGGGCAGGACGUUCUAGUAUCCUUUUCUCAAUGGCCCGAUGAUCUUGACGGAUUCGACGUUUACACUCCAGAUCUCGACAUCCCUUCCUCCGAAGAUCUCUUUUGCGCCCGAAGAUGCGGUCUUGAUCGUAAUUCAUCUCUCGAUCGAGAGACCCAGGCAAAUUUCGUAAUCGACAUGUUCCAUCAACGCGUUGAGCAAUCGCAAUCGCAACAGCAACUGCAUUCUAUGUCGCGUUUAAGUGAAGAGAACCACCGCUUGGUUCGGUCUGAUCGGAAUUCGGGGGUUGUUGAAGGAAAUGAAGAUGGGAAUUCGAAUGAAUUUGAGGUGGAUUUUGGGUCAGAAUUAGGGUUUCAUGUAGAAAAUCAUGAUGAUAACCAUAACCCUAGUGGUAGAGGCGUCGAUGAUGAUUACUCUGGGUUUACGGUUGCUGAUACCGGGGACGAAAUGUUUGUAUCCAGACGGAGAAUCGGUCGAUCGGAAUCCAGCCGUUCAUCUAUCGAUUCAGGUGCUCCUGAAUUUUUCAUGGGUGGGUUGACGGUGACUGAUAUAGUGUCCGAUUCCUUCGAAUCCGGCGGCGGCGAGGUGGAGAAUGGUCCCGACAUGGAUAGAGUUAGAGACUAUGAUGACGAAACUAGUCUUCACCUUUGCUGGGAUUCUUUCCAUCUAGACGAUGAUAACACAACACCGAAUCCAAACAGCAACAUUAAUGGAGAUUUCGAUUGGGAGGAAGUGGAUGAACACGAACGAAUCGACGGAAGGGAAUUAAGCAUGUUUUUUGGUGCAGAAGCUGACGACGAUGCAUCUGUUCUACCAGGAAUCCCUCCUAGAAAUCACGAAUCACACCAAGAAGAAGAAGAAGAUCGAGAUGGAUCGGAUUGGGAAGUUCUAUUGAAUGCUCAAAACUUCGAACAAUAUCCAGAUGUAUCAGGUGAGUACGAUGAAUACAAUUACACAGAAUAUGAAAUGUUCUUCGGGCAAUUUGCCGAUAGCGAUGUUUCAUCUUUGGGUCGACCACCUGCUUCCAAAAAAGCAGUGGAGAAUCUUUCAACUGUUGUUAUAAGUGAAGAAGAUAUUGAAAAGAACAAUACCACCCUUUGUGCUGUAUGUAAAGAUGAAAUUAGUGUUGGAGAAAUGGCGAAAUUGCUACCUUGUAAUCAUCGUUACCAUGGUGAUUGCAUAGUGCCAUGGCUGGAGAUUAGGAACACCUGCCCUGUUUGCCGCCAUGAACUGCCGACAGAUGAUGCUGAUUAUGAACGCAGGAAGCUGGAAAGGAGUGUUGGUGUACACUGA